UGAGCGUAGGAGCAGCAGCGGCAGCAGCAGCAACAGCAGCCUCUGUCUGGCCUCUGGCAGCGACCACGAUAUACUACAAAGUCGUCUCUGCUGAAUUUAGAACAGUUUUCAAGCAGAGCUGUGGAAAUUCACAACGUGCGCUAAAGAUCGGAGAAUCACGGAAUAUAACGCACCCUCAACGUCAUAUAGACGAUCGCUACUGUGCUAUGUUAUUGUGUAGCUGUGUAUCUCUAUCUGUGUAUCUGUAUCUGUGUUUUGUGCAAAAAAUAGAAUAUUAUCGAAAAGUAGCUGCCAUCUAAAUGAACUACAUGUAGCCAUAGCUGUACCGAGUACUUGUAGGUGUUGCAGUCAUCCCCAAGCAGCUGCCGUAUGAUCUAUGAAAUGCACCACGCCCACGAUCGUGCCACGAUGUGGCUGUGACAUGUUGCUGCGGCAAACAUGGCUGCCAUAAAUCCAUCAGCGCACUGAAUAAAUCACAGGCCACAAGCGACAAUAAUUAAGAAUCCAUGAGUGCAUACAACAUUUUGGAAGUGUAUUUCCGUUACUUGGCAAGGUGAUCAUCAACAAUCAGAAGCGCAGCCACAGCAUCCGAUUCCGAUACUGAUCGCAAGGCGCACUUCAAAGUCGCCGCGUUAAACACACAUGUUGCCAGAGAUCAAGUUGGAGCUAGCGGCAACUGUUGUUAUUUCCAUCAUAAAUUAGAAAAACUAGAAGAGAUCACUGAUCAGCGCGAGGGUGGAGAGAGAGAGAGAGAGAGAGUGAGAUUCAGAGAGCAGUCGCUCAGCUAAAGUGGAUUUCCGGUGAAUAGAAAAUAACAACAACAACAACACAUGCGACACAACGUUGUUGGAUUGAACUCGACGCUACCCCAUUUGCUGGAAGGAGCUGCAGCUCGGAGUUAGGGCGAGUGCCACUUCGUGUGCGCUGCCUCAGUUACAGUUACAAAAGUAUAUAUCUAUAUAUAUUUAGACAUAUAGCAAGAGGGAAUGUCUGCCAGUUGUCGGAGAAGCGUUGCCAGCGUAAGACGCUGUCACAAUAUGUGCAGAAGCCUGCUGAUCCUGCUGUUGUUAUGCGUUUGGGGCGCAACAGCGAGGCGAGCGCCAGCAGCCAGUUCACAGGAGCUAACCAAGGACUAUGAUAGUGCACCCAACAACAACAACUACAUCAAUGUGACACACACACAAAACAGUAUCAAUGCAGAGGAGGACGAGGAUGCGGAUGAAGAUGACAAGGUUGGUUUGGCAGGCGCCGGCUCUGGCAGCAGCACGAGCGGUGCCGGUGGCAGCAUCGAUGCCAAGCAACAGUUUGCGCCACGUUUUCGGCAUCCCAAACGAAUGAGCACACUGUAUACGCGACCCUCGGGGUCAACACUGUCGCUGAGCUGUCAUGCGGCGGGCAAUCCGGAGCCCAAUAUCACCUGGUAUCGCAAUGGCAGCAGCGAUUGGACGCGCACCUAUGGGAGCUAUCGCAAGACCAAGUGGCAAAUCACCAUGGAGGAUCUGGUGCCGGAGGAUUCGGACCAGUACACCUGCAAGGUGUGCAACCCGCUGGGCUGUCUCAGUCAUGUGAUGAACGUGAUGGUCAGCGAUCGGGUGAAUCAUAAGCCCAUUCUACUCAAGGGUCCCGCCAAUCUGACGCUUCUAAUCAAUGACAGCGGCCAAAUGGAAUGCAAAUAUCUAUCGGAUUUGACCAGCAAGAAGGCCUGGAUCUUUAUGCCUUGCAAGAGCGUAAAUGAGUGCUCCAAGAAUCGCACAGUUCUAGUCGAGGAUGUGGAUCGCUUGGAGUUUACGAAUGUGACACAGGAGCAGGAGGGCUGGUACACGUGCAUCGAGAGCAACAGCCUGGGCCAAUCCACAAGUCGCGCCUAUUUGCGUGUGGUGCGCAGCCUGCAGCUGCUCGAGGCGAAUCUGGGCAGUGUGGUGCGCGAUAAUGGCAUGAUGGCCAUAUUCAUCACGGUCACCUUUCUGCUGAUCAUGCUGUGCAUCAUCUUUGUGGCGUAUGCCGUGCGCAAGAUGAAGCACGAGAAGCUGCUCAAGCAGCGCAUCGAGACGGUGCAUCAGUGGACCAAAAAGGUUAUCAUCUACAAGCCGGCUAGCGGUGGCGAUUCGAGCGGUUCAAUGGACACGAUGAUAAUGCCGGUAGUGCGAAUUGAGAAGCAACGCACCACUGUGCUCCAGAGUGGCAACGAGCCGGUGCCCUUCAACGAAUACGAAUUUCCACUGGACUCCAACUGGGAGCUGCCGCGCAGUCAACUGGUCUUGGGCGCCACUCUUGGCGAGGGCGCCUUUGGACGUGUCGUCAUGGCGGAGGUGAACAAUGCCAUUGUCGCUGUCAAGAUGGUCAAGGAAGGUCACACGGACGAUGAUAUUGCCAGUUUGGUGCGUGAAAUGGAAGUCAUGAAGAUCAUUGGCAGGCAUAUCAAUAUUAUCAAUCUGCUGGGCUGUUGCAGCCAGAGCGGACCGCUCUAUGUCAUCGUGGAGUAUGCACCCCAUGGCAAUCUGAAGGACUUCCUCUACAAGAAUCGGCCUCUGAGCAAGGAGCAGCUGGACAGUAGCUCCCAGUCAGCGCCGCCAGCACCACAGCAUGUGAUCACCGAAAAGGAUCUGAUCAAGUUUGCCCAUCAAAUAGCACGCGGCAUGGAUUAUCUGGCCUCGCGGCGCUGCAUUCACCGGGAUCUGGCGGCACGCAAUGUUCUCGUUAGUGAUGAUUACGUGCUCAAGAUUGCCGACUUUGGGCUGGCCCGAGAUAUUCAAAGUACGGAUUAUUAUCGCAAAAACACCAAUGGGCGCUUGCCCAUCAAGUGGAUGGCGCCCGAGUCACUGCAGGAGAAGUUCUAUGACUCACAGAGUGAUGUGUGGUCCUAUGGCAUACUACUCUGGGAGAUUAUGACAUUUGGAGCGCAACCAUAUCCGGCUAUUAUGUCCGCCGAGGAGCUCUACAGCUAUCUGAUGUCCGGACAGCGCAUGGAGAAACCGGCGAAGUGCUCAAUGAAUAUUUACAUUCUGAUGCGCCAGUGCUGGCACUUUGAUGCCAGCGCACGGCCGCCCUUCACGGAGAUCGUGGAGUACAUGGACAAGCUACUGCAGGCCAAAGAGGAUUACCUAGAUGUGGAUGUGGCCAAUCUAGAGACGCCGCCCUCGACCAGUGAUGAGGAGGAGGACGAUGCAUCCGAUGUGGAGCAAUCGCGCUACCACUACUAGCUGAUCGAUAACGAUUACGAUAACGAUCACUGAUCAUCGAUCGAGUUCAUUGAGAAACUGUACAUACUUCGCCUUCGGGCCAACUAACGAUAAGUCUGUAAAUCGCUUGAAUUUUAUUGCACCAAAGGCGUAAACCAAAAAUUUUUACAAUAUUUUAGAUUACAAUAUAUUACAUUAUAUUUAUAUAUACAUAUAUCUCACGUUGAAGCGUGUUUGAUUUCUAUUUAUAAUGAUGUAAAUUAAUUGUGUGUAAAUCUUCAUCGUCUUUUUGUCGAGCAUGCACUUAACUUUAAUCUCUUUUUCAUUUGUGGAAAUCAGUUUAUAAAAAUAAUGUCAAUUCGGGAUUUUAAAAAUUUAGAAGCUGUCGGAAAGAAUUUCAAAUCGGCUUGAACAAACAUUAAGAGAUACAGGCUGUAGAAGAAUGCCAAAAAAAAAAAAUGUGGUCGAUCGAAAACCAUAAUUUCCAUAAAUUAAGGUCUUUAAUUUUAAUGAAACAAAAUUUCUGAUAAAUGAUCGAGUUUUACCAUUAAAAGUAUGGCUAAGAAGCAGCGUUCUAAUUUGCGAGCGAUCACUGUAAGAGCAUAAAACUAAAAAUUCAUUUUGAUUGCAUUUAAUUUACCAUACAUAUUAUUUAUCCAUGACCUUUUCCCUAAUGAAAAUUAUGCUCAAAGAAGGUGAACUUUAAUAUAUAUCAAUCACAAUUUACAGUGUUAUACGUAUUACGUAUUACAAAAUAAGAAAUAUGAAUAGAUAUGUAUGUAAACAAGAGAGUAUCUUGAAAUUGAAUAGAAUUCUGGCUGCAGCUUAUGUAACUAUAUGUAAUCAUAAGUUAGUUUAUAGAUCGGUUGUAUUCGUAUUUUUAUUUGUACUGAUUCUGCGUAGUAUUCACAUUGUUCAUUGUUCAAUGUUAAAGCAUAUGUUUCUUAUAAUAUAAGAUCUAUAGCAUGCAUGCUAGUGCCUUAUACAAAAAUAAAUGUUGUACUCAUAGUCUAAACCGAA